GAGUACACGUCAGGCACGCAAACUCACUUCAGCCUGUACAGCGUCAGUCCUGGGGGGGUGUACACGGUGCAGGUCCGCUGCUUACUAGAUCACGGCUCCUGGAGCGAGUGGAGCAACACCACCUUUGUGAAAAUCUCCAACUAUCUUCAGAAUGAGAGACCGUUGUCGAUGUUGAUUUCUAUCCUCUCUGCCAUCCUAUUCAUAAUGGCAGGGUUGAUUUUAAUCGCGAAGAGGAAAUCGGUAAAGCAGUGGGUUCUCCCCCCUGUUCCUGGUCCAAAGAUAAGAGGAAUCAAUUCUCAACUUCUCCAGAGUGGGGGAUCUGACGAUGUCGACAAUGUCCUGAUCAUCAAACAGAGCUUUCCUCCUAUUUAUUUUGUCUGGGAGGACCAGAUGGAGGAUUACCUAAUUGUGACUGAAAAUGAAGAUUGGCUUUCGUCUAACUCUCAGAAAAGGAAGAAAAGCUUGAUUCCUGCUUGCUUCCACUUCGAUUCGGAAAUCCAUUCUAAAGAGUCACCCUGCCACAAAAAUGACUGGGAAAAGGAUGAGGAAAUUAGCCAAGUGGAUAACAACAACAAACCAUUCACAAACUCAGGUUAUGUGGAUUUUCAGAGACAUGUGGAAAACGUUGAUGUGAAGCAUGUGGACUACAGCAGAGUUAAAGAGGUGAAAAGUGACAAUGUUCUUUUCCUCGAGAAAGAAAAGGUCCAGAGCUCUGGCUACAUACACUUUCAGAGACAAGAGGGAAUACCAGAGGACUACAGCAGGGUGAAAGAGGUGGAGAGUGAUAAUUUGGUCGUCCUGCAGAAACAGAAUGCAGCUGAUCUGUCCUGUAAAGACGAGGGAAACCACUACACAGACUGUGCCCUUCACAAGCCAAGAAAACCUCAUGUAUGCACAGAACUCAGCGAUAGUGGAUAUGUAGAUACAAUCCCUGCACCACCUUUGAUGUAAAGUUUUUGUUUUAUAUUCAGUGUAAAAAUAUAAAAGUAAUAUGUCUUGAUUUAUUGUUGAGAGUUAAAGAAAAAGGCUGCAAAUAUUCUAUAUUUGUAGUCAUAAUUAUUGUCUGGAUUGCAUUGGAAUUUGGAACAGACAUUCAUGUUCAACAGAAGAUAAACCGACCUUUUCCUUUUUACAACAUCCAUGAUAUUGACAUUUUAGUGUUAGAGUGAAAAUGUAACAACCAUGGGAUAGAUUACUGGAAAAUGUGUUACAGAUUUUUUAAAGUUUUUUUUUUAUGAUAUACUCUAAUGACAUUGACUUCUCUCCUGCUUCCAAUGAUUCAAACUAUUUACUUAUACAUUGACAAAGCUUGAGAUCAAAAUCGUCCUCAGACAUGCAUGUUUUCCAUCCUCAGUGAAUCAGAUUUUUCCUCGACCACCACCGAGUAACAUGUAUUGACAAACAAGGGAGGAUUUGCAUGUCUUUUAGGACAGAUAUUAAUGUUCUCCAUGGAUGAACUUCCUCUACCAUGAGGUUGACAAUCUAAAUGUAUUGUUGUGAAAUGUUUUUACAUGUAUCCCUAGAUAAUUAGCUUAAAGGUCACAUGUCAUGCUUUUCCGGUU